AGAAGUUAUAUUAUUAAAAACUGUUGCAAUCAUUCAUCAAAUAUUAAUAUUAAUGUAAAACACGUGUUAUUAUUGAAUUGUAUUUCAUUGACAUCGAUGUUAACAAUACGAGUCAUAUAUGAUAUUAUCAAUCAAUCAUAACAUCACAUAUCUAUCGCUACUAAACUAUUUCUGUCUCUCUCUCUCUCUCUUUCGCGGACACCAUCAGUAUGUCUGACCUACGGCUCGGACCCGAUUGGCGCCAGUGUUUUAUCACUCACGUAGAAGUUACUGACAAAUGCAUUACUUUUUCGGCCCAAAGUGACCGCAAUUUGGUGAACCGAUUUGAUCAGAUACUAGACCGUCACUUUCAGGGCAUGUUUAACGUGUGCUAUGCAAUGGCCGGCGAUCGUCAAUUGCCCGACUUUCAUGUCGGCAAAUAUUAUAUGUUUUGCGACAAAUAUAAUCACAACUUUUAUCGCGUUUUGUUGGACGCAUACGAUUACCCGACAAAAGGCCAAUCGAUGGUAACGUUUAUCGACUUCGGUUACAGUGAAUCCGUACCGAAUGAAUGGCUCUUUGUCUACGCGGAACUGUUCUGCGAUUAUCCACCACUGGCUCAGUCCUAUUCAUUGGCCUCCGUUCGGCCCAAAGAUGUCAUUAAAGGUUUCAAUAAACAUCGGAUCACUCAAUGUCUGCAACAAUUUGUUAGAUCUGUCUUAACGUUUGCCAUCUAUGGAUACGGCGAUAAACGAUUGACCAAAAUAUAUGACAAUUUUAGGGAACAGGUUGUUAUCAAAGCUCUACAGAGAGACUGUUUAGACGAUAUUAUUGUCGAUUUGGACGACGAUAUAAUGGCACCGAUUAUAUCCAAUCGUAUCGCUAUUGACUACAACAGAGAGACAAACAAUAGUAAACCAUUAAUUUGUUUGAAUGAAUCACCAAUUGGUUCCAUAUCAGGAUCUGUUUAUGAUUUGUCAUCCAUUAACAUCAGUUUGAACUCUAAGCCAACUCCGGUGAUCGCAGAAGUAAAAGAUCAAAGUAGUCCUAUUGAUCUGCGAAUGACAUCCAUUGCAACACACAAUACAACUCCACAUUCUAUUAGCGAAUCAAUUGAGAAGUCGUUACAAUUGAUUGAUUUAAUGGUUUCCGAUAAUAAAAUCAAAGAUAAUAACAAUGUCAAUGAAGAAACUGUUAGCAAUACAUCAACUCGUAGUUCAAAUCAAGACAUUAAUAUAACUGUAAAUCAUAAUAAGGAUAAUCACAAAUACAAGGAUAUUAUCAAAUCGAUGACUAACGUUGUGUUCAGUAGUGAUGAUGAAGAUGAAGAACUUAGUGUUGUUGACAGUAUCGUCGAUGAGCGACAACAACAACAAAUACAACAGAAUAGUCCACAGAAACACAUCAAAUAUGCCGAACCAAUAGCUGUGGAAAAAAUUAAUGAUUUCAGUUCUACAGAAAAGAUUGUUGACGUAAAGGAUAAAGAAACCAAUGAUGUUAUUAAAGAACAACUAAAAGAAGAUAAUGAAGAAGAAGGAGAAGAAAAUACUGAAGAAGAUGACAGCGACGACUUGGAGACAACAAUCCAUGAAAAUCUGUUGAAUCUAUGCGGAGCUAAAACUACUGUAAAGAUAUCCAAUGCUAUCUCAGCUCAGUCUAUGUAUUGCCAAUUGGAGCAGUCGUUGGAUAUAUUGGAUUCACUUAUUAAAGAUAUGACCGAUUAUUACAAUAAUCUAGAAGUAGAAGAUUUGACGCCACAGGAAGUGAGACAACUGGUGAAUAAUAGCUCACUUUUGGCCUCAUAUUAUAGUUUCGAGAGUCAAUGGCUUCGGGCGAUUGCAGUGAAACAGCAAAACGAGUUUCAAAUUAGUGUCUUUUAUAUUGACAUCGGUUUGACCGAAACCGUUGAGAUUAAAGAUUGUUACCGACUGUUGGAGGGCUACAAACAGGUGACACCACAGGCCAUACACUGUCGACCGAUCAACAAAACGGGUAUCACUUACUAUCGGUUGAAACAAUUGGAGUCCAGAGAAGAGUUGUUUGACGUAGAGUUUGUUAAUGUUUUACCCGAUAAUGUGAUUGAAGUGACCAUCGAUGACAAGAUACUCAAAUAAAGUGAUAAUUUACAUAUUAUUAUUAUUUUUA